AUGUUUCUUGUCGCCAUUUUGUCAAUAUCUUCAUUGACGUCUGCUCAGCCUUUUCCAUUUCAUCUAGAUAUCCUUGUAGAUGAAGACGAAGCUGAGCGUAUCUAUAAUAUCACAAAUGAAUUCUUUAAUUCCACUCGCCUUGGAGUGUGGGCAUCUAUGGAUAUAAGUCCAGUCACUUUUGUCGUAAACACGAAAAAUGAAACCCCUGGCAUUUAUAGUUUCACUGAGAAAAACAGUUCUUCCUCGUCAUAUAUUGAUAUGAAAAGAAAUCCCUCCGAUCUUUUGUGCAUAUUAGCAAAAAGCAUAGGUGUAGCUUAUAUUCGGACUCGCCCUGGAAGGUCCAGUAUUUGUCGUCCCAGCAUACGGAUAAGACCAUCAGUGACCGAAUACAUGGACAUUGCCCACCAGAUCUAUAAGUAUAAUGAUAGCGAAUUCACAUCGGUCAUUUAUAUUACGGACCACAUGUAUGAUUUCGAUCUUAGCAUUUUUCAAAAGAGAUUCAAUUCCACCUUGAAGAUGAUGAUGUUUACAAUUCAAAAUAGCAGUGUGCCAUCUCAAAUAAAGCAGUUUGUUACGGAUGGCAACACAGAUUCUUUCAUCAUGUUUGCUUCUGGUGCCAUUAUAAGGAAUUUGUUACAAAUUCUUUCAAACCUGAAGAAUUUAACAGUGACAAGGACAGAUAACUGGGUGAUGAUUCCAUCAGACGAAACAGAAUGUCCGGAUAUUUUGGGUUUGAAUUUCUCAGUCGUGUGUCUUCGACACGAUUUCGUUAAAGAUACUGAUGUCACCGUCGACUUAAGAUAUGUGGAUGACGCAUUAUUGCUGAGAAGUCUCCAUUUACUUGAGAAAAAUAUCAAAGCUUUAUCCCUCCCUUCGGUACCUACUGAGACGUCAGCUUUGAGGCACCUGGCAUGGCAUGUUUACAAUGCAACUAAAGAAAUUAAGUUGGACGACGAUUUAAUGAGGAUCGAUAAAAUACGAACAAAAGCAAAAAUAGGAACAUGGACUCGGUCUACAGACGUGGUUUUGAUUACACAACCUUUCGCCUUCACCCAUGCAUCAUUAUUAACAGUCAUCACUAUCCAUGAGCCACCAUUUGUAGUAAAAGUUGUGAACAAGAGUGGGACAUUCUUUCGAGGCUAUACCAUUGAUGUUCUCGAUAAGAUUGCUGAGGAGGUAGGAUUCACGUACGUGAUCCGUGAAGCACGUGACAAUCUGUACGGUCUCGCUCUUCCGGAUGGUUCCUGGACGGGGCUCAUAGGAGAGGUCCAAAGAGGGGAAGCCGAUCUGGCGGCAGCCCCCGUGUCUGUAACAGCCGAGAGAGAACAAGUGAUUGAUUUUACCAACCCUUACUAUGAUUACGCGGGUCUACAGAUCCUGAUGAGCGGCACCAUUGCUUCUAGCUCAAUGUUUGGAUUUGUGGACGUCUUUGACGGGCCUGUGUGGCUAGCCUGGUUUGGUUUCCUAGGUCUAACGGGUAUUAUGCUCUAUGUGUUUCACAUCCUGGUCUACCGAGUGUUUUCAAAAGAAAAAGAAAAAGAUAAGGACAAGGUGUUUACUAUCAGCGACACACUUUGGUUUCUUAUAUCUUCUAUUACCAUAUAUGGGCCAGACAAAACCCCCGGCACAUUUGCAGGAAGGGUGUUAGUAAUUGGAUUCUGGUUCUUUUGUCAAAUAAUGAUGGCGACAUACACAGCCAACCUUGCUGCAUUUAUGACAUCCAAACGUCUAACAACUGAAAUCCAUUCCAUAAACGAGCUAGCCUCUCAGAAUUCUAUUAAAUAUUCUGCAUUAGCUGGGUCUGUCAGUGAAGCUUACUUUUCCCGUAUGAAAGGCAUUGAAGAGAACUUCUUCGAGCUGUGGAAGAAUAUGAGUUACGCGAAGAGUAACGAUAGAAAUGACCUCACUGUGUGGGACUAUCCCCUCGAUGACCUUUAUUCCAGAAUGUUUUCUCAAAUCAAUGAAACGGGUUUUCUCAAAACAUCUAAGGAGGGCGUGGAUCGUGUUCUUUCGGAAGGAUUUGCAUUUAUCCACGAGACACCGAUGAUAAAGUAUGAAAUGACAAAGUACUGCAAUUUGAUCACCGUCGGAGAGGUUUUUAGUGCGAAACCUUAUGCAUUUGUUCUACAGGAAAAUUCGCCCCUAAAGGACGCAUUCAAUGCAAA